AUGCUGUCGGAAGAAGAAUAUCAAGAUACAAAACGUCAAUUAAAUAAUAUAACAGCAACUGCAAAAUUACGACAAAAAAUUAGAAGAAUAUUGCUGAAAAAAUUAAAAGAACACGAAUAUGCUACAAAAUUUAAUCCAUUCGAACCAUUACCCCACAUACAAUUUUUUAUUAACCGAACAACAACCGAACCCAUACUUCAGCAAAUUAUUAAAGCUGUAACAACAUCUACUGAAUUUACAAUUGAUAUCGAAUGA